AUGGUUCUAUCUCUCGGCGACCUCCCAGAAGAGAUACUCUAUAAUAUACUGUUAUUUUGCGAUGCUAUAGACUCGGUUGCUGUCGGAAGCACCGCGCGACGAUUUCGAGGUGUCACCAACGAGCCUCUAUUAUGGCGGAACUAUUGCCAGACAUUCAGCCACUUCCCACAGGUGGCCGACUGGAAAGCACUCUACAUAUCUCGAUACCUCAUUGAUCGCGCCACGAGUCGGCUCUUUGACAGCAUCCUUGCGAACCAAACUGGGCGUAUAGAGAAAUUGCGAUCGAUUAUCAACUUUGGAUGUGAUGCCAAAGAUACUCUACUACGUAAUUUGUCGGUCGAUUCAUCCGCAGAGGACUACUUGGCUAGGAGAUACUAUGCCAAAGCGCUUUUAACUAGCCUUCAUCGGACCAUUGCAAUUCCAGAAUGGGUUGGCCUCAGGAAUGGUGAUGAGAUACCACUUGUUAAUGCGCUCGGGGCCUUUGACCUCUUCAUACCAGAAAGUGGUUUUGGAAACUUUGAUGAGAUCAACGAUAGGUUGGAACAAAUUCUGUCCCGUUUUCGUUUGCAGCAUCCAGACUUUGAGACAGCAAGUCCGCGAGGAAAAGCGGGUGCCAUCGCCGCUUACCUGAGGGCGCAUAACUUGACUGGCAUCGAGCCGGGUCGGGAGUAUCACUGCCUGGAACACAAUUUCCUCGGGGUCGCGCUAGACGAUCCAGGACACAACUCGCUGCCUUUAGUAUCGGCAGUGAUAUAUUGCCAUAUUGCGCAAAUGCUCGGAUUGAACGCUCGCCCUUGCGGUUUCCCUUUCCACGUCCACGUUAUCGUUGUACCCCCCUGGGGUUUUGACAUUGAUGGCAAUAAUAUAGACACUCAAGGCGAACCUAUAUAUAUGGACCCGUUUCGUUCCGAUCAAGAGACCCCCACGUCAGAUAUGAGAACCCAACUGAAUUUUCUGGGUGCGUCCCCUAUAGAGCAGUCUGCUUUCAUGGGUGAGUCAAGGACUUCUGAGAUUGUCUUACGUUGUAGCAAGAAUAUUUUGAAUUCUGUGCAACGUACCGGCCAAUCGAGUGCAGUGGACGUGGGCUGCGCGCGGUAUGCCGCGCUUUGGUCUUCUUUGUUACUCUCGAGCCAACCGGAUAUACAGCAGCUUCUUUGGUUGUUGGAGCUCGUAGCCACCGACUUCCCCUCUGAUGUACAUCUGGUUGAAAGAUACAUCGCAGCUACAUUCCGUGGUACGCCAGAGUUUGAGCAUAUUCUGGAAAGCCUCCAUGUCAUACGAGCGGUUGAUGAAAUACCGAAGCAGGUGAAGCGGCGGUCCUCCGAAGAGGUGUCAUUUCGUGUUGGUCAGGUAUUUAGACACCGCCGCUACAACUACACAGCAAUAGUCACAGGUUGGGAUGCGGAGUGCGGCGCGGGCGAGCAGUGGAUGAGGAGAAUGGGAAUUGAUCAUCUUCAGAGUGGAAGACAGCAAAGCUUCUACCAUGUUAUCGUGGAAGAUAAGAGCGUCCGAACUGCCACCAACGCUAGUUGCGGUGGCAGGGAAAUACUUUAA